AUGACUUAUGGAAUUCAAAGUGUGAGGCCUAGCAAGCAGCAGAAACGUCCGCCUCUCAAAGAACAACAACUCAGUCGUUACCAACUUGACUUCAGUCUAGGCUUCGCUGUUCCGAACACUGCAUUGGCCAACAGAAACGGAGUCGUUGCUCAGCCUAACACCAAAUCCGAUGCUUCUGUUUCGGUACUAGGUUCCCCCGAGAUACAUGAUCAGGCUGAAGUCAGUGAUAUCACGGCCAGUUUUCACUAG